CAUGUGAAGAGCGUUCACGGAAUCGUCACCUUUUCGUUGAUAUCUGAAGACAAAAGAACUUCCGCCAAACCCACCGAUGAAGACGCCCUCAAAAAGGGAUCAAUGAUUACACAACAAGUGCUGAAAGAGAUUGCGAUCACAAAAGGAGAGAAAAUAACAGUUAAAGAACUGAAACGUUUGGACGAAAAGAAAAAGCGAGAAAAAGAGCUCAACAUAAAGAAAAUGUGCGAAAAUCGAAACCAUAGGAAACCCUUAAUUAGGCGUCGAUUUAAUAAACUUAAAAAAGACAUUCUCGACGACGCCUUCAACUCCGCCGAAUUCUGGCAGCCAUUCAUUGAUGUGGAGGUUAUUGGCGGCACAAAUGACACUAAAAUCUGCGGACCAUUUCUUGGCAUAACUUAUGAAAUUGCUCUCAAAAUGAACGCAAAGACAACAAUCUCUGGAAAUCAUGAAGAAUAUUAUGAAAUGAUGGCUAAUAUGUCGACAAACUUUGCGUUGUCUCCAUUGCCUCCGCUCACUGUUUUCAUGAACAAUGUGUUGCUCACAUACCUUGAAUUUAAGACUCCAUACGAUGUGAUCGAUUCGCUCCAAGAUUUGGCUCAAAGAGAUAUUAAAUUUGGCACAUUUGAAGACGAUCCUGGUUUUGAUUAUCUAAACUCUCCGCACGAACCCUAUUAUAACCAAUUCAAGGGACGGGUAGUCCGGGAAAAGUCCGGCAAUAUUAAUAAGCAAAAGUGGGAACAACUUGUUUUUGAUAACAUCACAAAUGGUGUGUACGCUUUGGUCACCGAUCAACCAUUUAAUGAUUAUUAUUAUGCGACCAAACUAUCGCAAUAUCCAAACCUAUAUCGAUCCCAAUUCAAUAGUCUGGUUCUCCCAUACUUUCUCGCCCUCUCUAAACAUAAUACGCGAAACUUUACUAAUUGCGUGAAUUAUAUAAUCGGUUCCCUUUCCGAAAGCGGUAUUUAUGAGUAUUGGGUUAGAAAUACUUUGGAGAUUAAUAACGAAGCCUUAAGACUCGGUAUCAUUGAAUCUAAAGGGAAAUAUCAAUUCUCAUCACUAGAGGUUAAAAGAUAUCGUCGGCCCAAUCGUUACGAUCAUCUCAUUUGCAAACAGAAAAAUUAUGGCAUAGGAAUCACAAGCUCUGCUGUUUUGAACUAUAGCGGAGAUGUUUGCAAAACAUAUUGUCGUGUAGUAAACAGAGCUGAAAGAACCGCAUCUUUUACUGAACACAACACCUUAAAUAAUAUCGUAUGCGGACCCACAGGCGCUCGCUGUACUGAUGGCGUUUGUAUAACAUCUGGUUCAACAGCUAUCGGUUCGGUGCCAUCGGAUGGCACUUCAGGUGAUCGCAGAAUUGGCAGACCUUUGAAUACAGUGGACGGCAAACGAAAGCCAAGACCCGGAAGAAAAGGCUCUACUAAUCGACAAAAGACUUCAACAUUUUCUCCCAUUGAAGGAUCAGAUUUGAGUGACACUGAAUUCACCACUUCUGAUGUGAUUGUCAAUGAAAACAGUGAUAGUAUCCGAGCGAAGAUUAUAUAUCCACAAGAUUAA